CCAUCCGUGUUGUUUCGUUUUCAACAUGUGAUUCGCUCGUGUUUGGGUGGUUUGGACCAGGACAGGAGCGAGCACACGGCAGGGGUUCUUCUUUUACUGCUUACAACUGAUUUCGAGAAUGAUUCGCAUGGUAACGUCCGUAUACUCAUUUGCACGUUCUCGAAGCAUCCUGCCGACGGUUUGCCAAACGUUCUGCGCAACAGUAUCGGGCAAGCAGUACCGCGAGAACGAAAACGAAUACUUUCACCGGGUUCUCGAGAACCUCCCAAGCUACAGGAACACUGUGAUCCCGCAUCCGUCCAAGUCGGCAAAUUCUGCUGCACGCUUCAGAGGUACGCUCAACGAUUUUUACGUGCAUCACUUUUGCGAAGUUUCCGUCCGGACGGACGAACGUACGUCGAACAUCGAAAGCCCGGAGCACGCAGAGCUCAUCCAACAACUAGUAAAUCACCUGCCCCGUGUUUCCAAUGAUGGCCUCAGAGACAUUGCGUACCAUCUUUGCCUGUGGCCAGCCACCGCAGCAACGACUACGCCGCACUUCAAGUUGCUCUGGAAUGCCCUGGACAGCGAAUGCGCGCAGCGGUGCCCUGGCUGGAGCAAAGACCGCCAGCUACUCAUCGCGGACUGCUUCUAUCACCUGAGGCUCAGCAGGAUAUCACGGUACAAUCGGACCAUGUUGCGCUGUGUCUCCAGGGUAGUGUCAAGGUUAUCGGUACAAGACGUGGUACAGUUGCUGUACUAUUCUAACCUCCAGCGUUGGAUGGUCUCCGCGGCUAAGCCGGUGAUGGAAGCCAAGCUGUUAUCAGAGUUCUGUACGCUUACGAUUGGCGAACUCGGUAGCGUGUGUCAGAGUUACUUCAAGUGCCAACAGCGGAUUGAGCUAAAAGAGCUUUUGCACCAACUUGCGAAUGUGCUGGUUCAAAGUCUUCCAAGAGUAGAUAGUUUCGUCGUUUGUGCCAUCGUUAAGCAACUUCGGUACAGUGCAAGUGCGAAAGAAGCGGUACCUUGGAAGAUUGUAUUGGAAGCCUGCGAGCCCCACAUUAGUCGAUGGGAUGCGCCCACUGCGAUACAACUGGUCAUGUUGGCCACUCACGUCAAAAGCUACCACCCCAGACUGCUAGAUGCUGUUGCUCGUCACCUCAUUACGAAGCUGAACGCCAUUCGCCUCAAGGAAGUUGCCAAACUGCUUCUAACACUGACUAUGUUUAGCCACGAGAUCGAAAAUGAAUCACAGUUUUACGACACUAUCAAGAGUGACUUGAGGAGCCCAUCUAGAAAACGAGAGAUAGAAAUGUACCACCAAAGUUUUGUCACUUGUGUCUGGUGCUUGGCGAUGGCUGGGAUGUAUUCCGCCGACUUGAUCGCAGCGGCUCUAAGCGAGGACAUGGUUCGGAACAGUGUGAAACACCAGGACAUCAGCUAUCAUGCCACGGCUCUGCAGUAUUCGGUUCGGAUAGAGAGCCCAACAUACGACGGUCCAUUUCUUGGUCAACAAGUACUUGACAGUUUGUACUCGAUAAGACACUUGACAACUCGCUGUCCCGACUGGACAAUGCAGGACCUCAGUCUACAAGAAAAGAUUAUCUUGCAAACCCUAGAUUGCCUGCAAACCAAAUAUGGGAGUGCACCAGUUAUUCGGCAACUUUUGCCCCACUUUCAUUAUCCAGACAUAGUUUUUGGAGUGCAAAUCGCUAACACUGAUAUUACGCUGUUGCAACUAGAACUAUGCAGUGAGGAUGGAGUGCUCGUGCCUCAGAGUAGUAGUGGUGCAGUCCCUUGUGCUGUGGUGGUGCAUGGACUAGGGGCCUUCAGUGAAGGGUCGCAGCACCUGAUGGGUCUUGCUAAGGUCAAAGUCCGUCAGCUUCAUACUUUGGGAUUUAGGGUGGUGGAGCUAUCCCAUUUUGAACUGUCUUGCAUGUCUUCCAAUUUUUGUAUUCAAGAUAAGCUUCUUGCAGCAUGUACUACUUCACUGCCAAAGUUAUAAGCCUCAGGUAAAUUUGCAAGGACAACUUUC